AUGGGUAAUCAGUUGUACGAUCCUCAGUGGCUGCCUGAUGCUGAGCAGACCACGGUUCUGAUGGUUGAAGACCGCCGCUUGUGCACCCGCCACCGAUACCACCAGCAGAAGCUCGGGUUUUUGCUGGGCGCGAUGCGCGAACACGCCCAAGGGCUCCGCAAUGCAGGGUACAAAGUGGUUUACCAGGAACUGGAUGCAAAUAAAACGUUGUGCCAGCAGACUGUGGCUUUAGCGACCCAGUUGGAUGUCGCAGAAAUAGUGGCUUUCACUCCGGCCAAUGCAGGCCAGCGUCGCUAUCUUCAGAUAACCGCGCAAAAAGCCGCCAGACCGUUGCGGUUGCUCGAUGAUCCGAUGUUUCUCACGUCCCCGGAGGAUCUCGAGUGUCUGGCGUCUGAUAAUCCACGCAUGGCGCAUUUUUAUCAGGCCCAGCGCAAACGCCUGGAUCUGUUAAUGGCGGACGACCGCCCGCUGGGUGGGAAGUGGAGCUACGACGGCGACAACCGCAAGGCGGUGCCGAGCCAUAUUGAUUUACCUGAACUCAGCCGGGCCAGACACAGUGACCUGACCUGUGAGGCACUGCGGAGCGUCCGACAGAUUUUCGCCGACCAUCCAGGCGAUGCGGAAAAUCUCUGGAUUCCGACUACCCGAGAAGGUGCAAAAGCGCAGUUAGGAGAGUUUGUUGCAGAGCGCCUGGUGGGUUUUGGAACUUAUGAAGAUGCUAUCUCAAGACGCUCGGCAACCCUGUUUCAUAGCGUAUUGUCGCCUUAUCUGAACAUCGGUCUGCUGACGCCGCAGGAAGUCAUCAGUGCGGUGAUGGACUAUGCGAUGUGCCAUGACGUUCCCAUCAACGAUGUCGAAGGUUUUGUUCGGCAGAUUAUCGGCUGGCGUGAAUUCAUGCGUGGGAUAUAUGUGCAUCAUCGCAAAGGCAUGCGCAGCGGUAAUAUCUGGAACGCACAGCGUCGUAUGGGGCGCAGCUGGUCAAAUGCAGCUACGGGUAUCCCGCCCUUAGACGGCGCGCUGAAAAAUGCCCAGCGUUAUGCCUGGAAUCACCAUACGGAACGGUUGAUGGUGAUCGCCAAUAUGAUGAACCUGUGUGAAAUCCGACCCGCCGACGCUUAUGAGUUUUUCAGCAGCAAUUAUCUCGAUGCCUAUGACUGGGUGAUGGUGCCUAACUUGUUUGGCAUGGGUCUGACCUCAGACGGCGGCAUUGGCGCAGCGAUUUGUCAGGUCGCGCUGGCGGACGAGAAAGUAACGCGUCUGCUGGCCACCAGCCGCAACCCCGACAGCCUGCCAAGGCAUAACAAGUUGUUACCAGUGGCUCUGGAUCUCUGCGAUGCGCAAAGUAUUGCGAGCGCCGUAGAGGCGAUCCGAGCUGACGUCAGUCAAAUCGACCGGCUGAUAGUUGCUUCAGGCUUUCUGCAUGACGGUGAACGGGCACCGGAAAAAGCGCUGCGCGAUCUUGAUGGUGCAACCAUGCAAACGGUGCUGCAGAUAAAUGCGGUAGCACCGAUGCUGGUUUUUGCGGCGCUCGAACCGCUGCUUAAAAAAUCUUCAGAGCCGAAGAUCCUGUUUUUAUCUGCUCAGGUAGGCAGUAUUGGCGACAAUCGGUUAGGGGGUUGGUACAGCUACAGAAUGGCAAAAGCUGCUCUGAAUCAGGGUGUGAAAACUGCUGCAGUAGAAGCGGCUCGUUGGCGAAACAACGCAACGCUUAUUGCGGUUCACCCGGGUACAACUUUAACAGCGCUGUCUGAGCCUUUUCUGGCGCGCCGUCAGGGCCAGGUGCAGACGCCCGAGAGCUGUGCAGCGUUGAUUUGGCAACUGGCGGAACAGGUUGAGGCAGGGUCCAGCGGUUCGUUUCUGCGCGCCGACGGCACAAAUCUGCCCUGGUAG